AUGAUUCAUUCAAAUGAAAUCACAUUCACAAAGAUGCAAGGUGCGGGCAAUGACUUUAUCGUAUUCAAAAAGGAGGAUAUCAAAGUGAUCCCAAACAAACAGUUUUCACCCGACUCUUCUGAAGGGGUUAGAAGCGGUGCAUCAUUGACAAUCGAAGAUCUAUCGGUUAUAUCGAAAAAGUUGGCACAUCGUAAACUAGGUAUUGGAUGUGAUCAAUUGAUCAUUGUUGCCGAUUCUCCAAACGCCGAUACAGAUUAUGAAAUGUUGAUUUUUAAUAGCGAUGGUAGUCAGGCAUCAAUGUGUGGAAAUGGUAUAAGAUGUUUCUCAAAAUAUAUUAUUGAUAAUUCAGUGAAAUCGAUUCACGACAAGGACAAUAAGAAUAAUGGUAGUAGUGGUAGUGGUGGUAGUAGCGAUGAUGGGGAAUCCUCAUCCAAUGAAAGUGAAAACGCAAUUGUACAUAGAGUUCACACAUUGGCAGGAACCAUUAUUUGUUCGACCGACAAGAGUCAAAUAGGAUCAAAAAAUAAUGGCGAUAGCUAUUAUCGAGAAGAUACAAUGUUGGUCAAGGUCAAUAUGGGUAAUCCAUACUUGUUGAGAACUAAUGACAAUACCUUAUUGGUACCAAACGACCGUACCAUCCUUGUACCAACACCUAAUCCAUCUACUGAUAAACCAAUCUAUCUUGAACGAGUUCAAGUCGAUGAGCGUAGAGCAAUCGAUGUUGUACUCGUUUCAAUGGGUAAUCCUCAUUGUGUUAUUUUCCUCCAAGACAAUAUUGAAAAGGGUCAAUUGCCCGAGGGAACAGAUAUCGACACAAUGGAUAUUUCAGAGAUUGGUCAAAAGUUGGCCAAACACAAGAUGUUUGUCGAUAGUUGCAACAUUGAAUUUGUAUCAUCGACCAAAGCAAACCAUUUCAAAGCAAGAGUAUGGGAAAGAGGAGCUGGAGAAACUCUUGCCUGUGGAACUGGUGCAUGUGCAGUGGCCGUCGCAACAGUACUUGUAGGUAAAUCUCUACCAGAACAACAAAUAUCCAUCAAUAUGCCAGGUGGUGAAUUAUUAAUCGAUUGGAACGCCAACGAAAAUUUUGGAAAGGUAUUUAAAACUGGUCCUGCUACUUCUGUAUUUUCUUCUGUAAUAAAGAUUUAA